CGAAAAAGAUUAGAGAGGUGCUGUAAAAGGGGUAGUUCCCCAUUUUGUCUCGCGCACAACGAACUAUUCCUUGGUCCUCAGCUGCUUCAUCUUCCUCUUCUUCCUCUUCUUCGUUUGGAUCCCUGAGCUGCGGCAGCUCCUUGACCUUUCAAUCUCAGAGCCCAUCGCUGUCCCACUGAAUAUUGACUGAAAUGGCUGGAGGAGCGAUCCACCAGUUAUUGAGGAGGAAACUUCAGUCUCAAUCUACUGCCCCUCCAUUUUUGUCUUCCCUAUUACAUAAGAAAGACGAUGCUGGGUCUGCUGGGGUAAGGUCCCUCAGAGCACUUGCUCUCCUUGGAGCAGGUGUUUCCGGACUCCUAAGUUUUGCAACUGUAGCAUCUGCUGAUGAGGCCGAACAUGGAUUAGAGUGCCCAAACUACCCCUGGCCUCACCAGGGAAUCCUUAGCUCAUACGAUCAUGCUUCGAUUCGUCGCGGUCAUCAGGUUUACACACAAGUCUGUGCAUCCUGCCAUUCCAUGUCUUUAAUAUCUUACCGUGAUUUGGUGGGAGUUGCAUAUACAGAAGAGGAGACAAAGGCUAUGGCAGCUGAGAUUGAGGUAGUUGAUGGUCCUAAUGAUGAGGGUGAGAUGUUUACUCGCCCUGGUAAACUUAGUGAUCGAUUCCCGCAGCCAUAUGCAAAUGAGCAGGCUGCUAGGUUUGCUAAUGGCGGGGCAUAUCCUCCAGAUUUAAGUCUUAUUACAAAGGCUCGUCACAAUGGUCAGAAUUAUGUAUUUGCCCUUCUCACUGGUUACCAUGAUCCUCCAGCUGGUGUUUCGAUCCGUGAGGGUCUGCACUAUAACCCUUACUUCCCUGGGGGAGCUAUUGCUAUGCCUAAAAUGCUUAACGAUGGUGCUGUUGAGUACGAAGAUGGUACUCCUGCAACUGAGGCUCAGAUGGGGAAAGAUGUUGUGUCGUUCUUGACAUGGGCCGCGGAACCAGAAAUGGAAGAGAGAAAAUUGAUGGGAUUCAAAUGGAUUUUUGUUCUCUCUCUUGCGCUACUUCAAGCAGCUUACUACCGGCGAUUGAAGUGGUCAGUUCUCAAGUCCCGCAAGCUGGUUCUUGAUGUUGUGAACUAGCCUUACGUUGGUUUGUUUCACUGUUUUGCUUCUGGGAGGACCACCUAUUUUGGAAAUAAUUUUUUUCACAUUGUAAUCAAGGUUUUCUUGGCAUGUCAAAUUGGUUGAAAUCAGUAAUUGGUGAUGGAGUGACCCUUGAGAGUGUCAUUUUAAGAGAUAUAAUAAGCUUCCUCAUACAUAUGGAAUAUUUAUUUAUUUUCUUGGGCAUGUGAAUUUUGUUAAUUUUCUUCAAGUGCCAAAUUAUAUUUCUCCUUUUUGGA